AAGAGAAGCUCCGUCGGACUUAAGGCGGAGAGCAGCCCUGGUGUUGAGGCUUGCACGUCGAAGUGAAAGGAGAUCGCUUUGCAGGCAGUGGGAGGCUGAAGGAUUGACCGGCGGGUGAUCAAGAUGCAGUUUUCUGGAGGAAAGAGGAGGAAGCUGAGGUUGGCAGGUGAUCAGAGGAAUGCUUGUUAUCCUCAUAGCCUUCAGUUUUACUUGCAGCCACCUUCUGAAAACAUAUCUUUGAUAGAGUUUGAGAACUUGGCUAUCGACAGACUUAAAUUGCUAAAAUCAGUUGAAAAUCUCGGUGUGAGCUAUGUAAAAGGAACUGAGCAAUACCAGAGUAAGUUGGAGGCUGAGAUUCGCAAGCUCAAGUUUUCCUACAGAGAAAAUUUAGAAGACGAAUAUGAACCACGAAGAAGAGAUCAUAUUUCUCAUUUCAUUUUGCGCCUUGCUUACUGCCAGUCUGAAGACCUUAGACGCUGGUUCAUUCAACAAGAAAUGGAUCUCCUUCGGUUUCGAUUCAAUAUUUUACCCAAGGACAAAGUUCAAAAUUUCUUAAAGGAUAGCCAUUUGCACUUUGUGGCUAUAAAUGAUGAAGAGAAGAGUCUUCGAGAAAAAGAGAUUGUUGCCUCAUCACCAAAUUUAACUGUGUCUAUGUUGGAGUCAGAGUCAGUUUAUAAGAUCCCUUUUGCUGAUGCUCUGGAUUUGUUUCGUGGAAGGAAAGUGUAUUUGGAAGAUGGCUUUGCUUAUGUACCUCUUAGGGACAUAGUGGCAAUCAUCCUGAAUGAAUUUAGAGCCACCCUGUCCAAGGCUUUGGCUUUAACAGCCAGAUCCUUGCCUGCUGUGCAGUCGGAUGAGAGACUUCAGCCUCUGCUCAACCACCUCAGUCAUUCCUAUACUGGCCAAGAUUACAGUACACAGGGAAAUGCUGGGAAGAUUUCUUUAGAACAGAUCGACUCACUUUCUACCAAAUCCUUCCCACCUUGUAUGCGUCAGUUACAUAAAGCCUUGCGGGAAACUCACCAUCUUCGUCAUGGAGGCCGAAUGCAGUAUGGCCUCUUCCUGAAGGGCAUUGGUUUAACACUGGAACAGGCAUUGCAGUUCUGGAAGCAAGAAUUUAUCAAAGGAAAGAUGGAUCCAGACAAGUUUGACAGAGGUUACUCUUACAAUAUCCGUCAUAGUUUUGGAAAGGAGGGCAAGAGGACAGAUUAUACACCUUUCAGUUGCCUGAAGAUUAUUCUAACCAACCCACCAGGCCAAGGGGAUUAUCAUGGGUGCCCAUUCCGUCACAGUGAUCCAGAGCUGCUGAAGCAGAAGUUGCAGUCAUACAAGAUCUCUGCCGGAGGGAUAAACCAGAUUUUGGAUCUGGUAAAGGGGACACACUACCAGGUAGCCUGUCAGAAGUACUUCGAGAUGAUACAUAAUGUGGAUGAUUGUGGCUUUUCUUUGAAUCAUCCCAAUCAGUUCUUUUUCGAGAGCCAACGGAUUCUAAAUGGUGGUAAAGACAUCAAGAAGGAGUCCAUCCAACCAGAAACUCCUCAACCCAAACCAAGUGCCCAGAAAGCCAAAGAUGCAUCAUCUGCUCUGGCCUCGUUAAAUGCCUCUCUGGAGAUGGAUUUGGAGGGACUAGAAGAUCACUUCAGUGACUGAUUCUUGGGUAGUUCAGUGACCCUUUUUCCUCACUAGUCUUCAUUUCCUAUUUUUAAGUUUUUGCCUUUUUAUUUUUUAACCUUUUUGUUAAACUUCUCUCUUCAGCCCACCUCAGUCUCUUCAUAUACAUACACACUUACUAGGAAAACAGGCUUGCAGGUUAAAAAAAAAAAAAAAAAAAAAAGACCUUCACUAUAUUUUGCUUUAGCAAACGGGAAGAGGAAGAGUUUCAGUUGAAGUCUGAAAAAUGAGAGUUUCAGUUGUAAUCCAUCAGCUGAAUGUCCUGAUUUAAGUUUCGUGUUAGAAUAAAAUCAGCUUUUUUGUUGGUUAAAGUCCUCUUGAAACAAUACAGCUAAAGCCAACUUUUAUUUCAACUUCUGUCACUUUGGUAUUUUGACCCAGCCCUUCUCUGGACCAUUUUUGUUAAUAAAUAUC